CCAACUCAUACAUCCGUAACACUCUCUCUCUCUCUCUCUUAUAUAUAUAUACGUGCAGAGAUUUCUUUGUAAACAUUAAUGAUGAAAGGAGUUGCAGUGAGAAGGGCAUUAUGGGAAUCCAAACUUUUCCGAGGCAGCGGGAGACGUGGGUAUUCCCGCAGCGCCGGUGCAUGCUCCGCCGCGGACGUGAACGAACUCCCGAAAAUACCCCCCUUCGACUACACUCCGCCGCCGUACUCGGGCCCCACCGCCGCCGAGAUCUUGGCCAAGCGGAAAGAAUUCCUCAGCCCUUCCAUGUUCCCCUUCUACACUAAACCUGUGAACAUAGUCCAUGGCAAGAUGCAAUACUUGUUCGAUGAGAAGGGGCGGAGAUACCUCGACGGCUUCGGCGGCAUAGCCACCGUGUGCUGCGGCCACUGCCACCCCGACGUGGUCAAGGCCAUCAUCGAUCAAACCAACAAUCUGCAGCACUCCACCAUUCUGUAUCUCAAUCAUGCCAUUGCUGAUUUUGCUGAGGCUUUAGCAUCCAAGCUGCCUGGUGAUCUCAAGGUUGUGUUCUUCACCAAUUCUGGGACAGAGGCGAACGAGCUGGCUAUGAUGAUGGCUAGAUUGUACACCGGCAGCCAUGAUAUCGUUUCACUCAGAAACGCGUACCAUGGCAAUGCAGCUGGGACCAUGGGCGCCACGGCUCAGUCCAACUGGAAGUUCAACGUUGUUCAGAGUGGGGUGCACCAUGCCCUAAAUCCAGAUCCAUACCGGGGUAUGUUUGGAUCGGACGGUGAGAAAUACGCGAGAGAUGUUGAAGAUCUGAUCAAAUUCGGGACAUCUGGACGUGUUGCUGGCUUCAUGUCUGAAGCCAUACAGGGAGUUGGUGGGAUUGUUGAGCUAGCUCCGAACUACUUACCUAGUGUCUACGACAGCAUCAGGGAGGCCGGAGGGGUGUGCAUUGCGGAUGAGGUGCAGUCGGGCUUUGCUCGUACGGGCAGCCACUUCUGGGGGUUCGAGGCACAAGGCGUGGUGCCAGACAUAGUCACCAUGGCUAAGGGGAUUGGGAAUGGGAUCCCUCUGGGUGCAGUGGUGACAACUCCCAAGGUCGCCGAGGUUCUAACCCAGAGAAGCUACUUCAACACUUUCGGGGGCAACCCCGUGUGCACUGCAGCGGGCUUGGCCGUGCUCAGGGUGAUUCAAAGGGAGAAUCUGCAGGAGAAUGCUCGUGUCGUUGGUUCUUAUCUCAAGGCCCGCCUCAACGCGCUCAAGGACAAGCACCAGAUUAUCGGUGAUGUUAGGGGAAGAGGGCUAAUGCUUGGGAUAGAGCUAGUUACGGAUAGAGCCCUCAAAACUCCUGCAAACAAGGAAAUUGUUCGAGUUAUGGAACUCAUGAGAGAUAUGGGAGUUUUGGUGGGAAAAGGAGGAUUCUAUGGGAAUGUUUUUAGAGUAACACCUCCACUCUGCUUCAACAAAGAGGAUGCUGAUUUCAUGGUGGACGUCAUGGACUAUGCCAUGGCCAAGAUUUGAUCGCGAAGGUUGCUUGUUCGAUCUUUAUAUAUAAAACUUGAUUCAAACAAAUGUAGCCAUAUAUGUAUCUUUGAUUUUCAAAUAUCGUGAAAUGUAUGACAAACAAAUCAUAGAAAUCUUAACGCAAUCAAAUAAUACUAGAUCAUCAUCAUAACCAUGGUUGCCCUACACUUUAUAUGUAUAAGAAAAAUUAUGAAUCCAAUUAGGAUUAAUUAAUUGCAUCUCUAAA